GGUCUGGUCACACACUCCAAACAAUUGCGCCAAUCCCUGGGAAAAAAGUAAACAAAAAAAGAACAUACUGAGGCGACUAAUUGACCGUACAAGCGAACGGCUUCUAUUACCAGGAUGACGAAGUGCAGCAACUGGCUAACUUGGUGCCGCCUCUGCGCCAAGGACGAUGCCCAUGGCAAUGUGCAAGUGCAAAUGGGCGAAAAUGGCCAAGGAACCUGGGACAAUCUCCUUAUAAUAGCCAUUCACAAGUAUUUCGAGGUGCACAUGCUAAAAGAUGAGUUGAGCAUUGUGCUGUGCGCCGAAUGUUACACGCUAAUUAGCAAACUUAUCAAUUUCACGGAGCAUGUCACAAAAGUCCAGGCCAUUUUUGAGGUCCUGCAACGCUCAGAAACGGUGUCCAACAAGCACCUGGAUUUAGCGGCACUGCGUCAACAGUAUGGACUCGGCGAGGACGACUGGACGCACAUCAUCAAACACAUGCAGGCCCCCGAAAUGGAUUCGCCCCUGGAACCAAAUAUGGAGGAUAUACUUGAAAUGGAGUUAACCGAGUGCCGCGAUGACAGCACAGUCUCACCAGUUGCUCAAGAGCAGGAUGUCAAGUCAGAGUUGCUUGACAGUUUUGAUGACGAUACCGAAUUCCUGCCCGAAGAAACGCAGCAAAUAAAUCUCGUUAUUACUGCAGCCACAGGAAACUCUCAAGAACCAAAUGCAGCCGAGCCGACCAAGCGUAGACACAUGAACUGCGAAAAAUGUGGCAAGGUAUACAAGAAUCGCACCUCCUACGAGAAGCACUUGGAGCGCAAGUGUCAGAAUGCCAAGACAUAUAUUUGCGAUACCUGCGGGAAACAGCUGAAGACAACUACAGCUCUAAAAGAGCACUACCUGGUGCAUACGGACAAUCGUCCAUUUAAAUGUAGCGUUUGCACGGCGAGCUUCAAGAAUCAAGCUCGGCUGAAGGCACACCAUCAAAUCCAUGAGGAACCCAGUUUUGUUUGCAAUAUUUGCGGAAAGAAGCUGCACACGCGGGGAAACUUGAAAAAACACAAGGUGAUGCACAGCGAAGAGCGGCGCCUCAAGUGCGAUGUCUGCGGCGCGCUCUUUAAACGUUCAAAGACCUUUAAGAACCACCUGCUCAGCCACACGGGACUACGACCGUAUGUUUGCAACUACUGCGAAAAAUCAUUUACCACCAACUACAACUGCCGUUUACACAAGCUCAAGAAACAUCCGCAGGAGGUUCAGCAGGAGAACGGCGAAAACCUUUCUUCUCGUUUGAAUGUUCGCUUGCCAACGCUGGAAGAACUUCAUGCUAUAUCAACAAUGAACCACCUACAUAAAGGUUAAGGAAAAAUACUGUUUAGCAUCGCUAAGGUAUCACCUAGACAACGAGGUCUGGU